AUGGAGCCAUCGUCAGCGGAGGAUGUCCCAUACCCGAUCGUCUCAAAUCCCCGACGGCGACCCAGACGUAUGAUCGGUCACGGGGAUGUAGCUAUUGUUUUUAUCGUGCUGGCAGCCACACUGGCUUCUCCAAGCCUGUGUGACAGAGCCAUCAACUAUGAGGACCAGCGUUCGACAGACGGUGGGAACAGACACCGUUCCGCGUCUGUCGAGGGAAGACGGUACCAAGAGGAAUACGCUCCUCGUAUGUUAUCCGGUCCUGCAUCCGAAUCAAGCGACCCUAACCCGACUGCCCGUGAACUGGCGCAGCAGCUGCUGCAGGAACUGUAUAAGCGGGACGUAGUUUUGACAAACAGGCAAAUUCUCCAGGUCCUCCCCUCGCUUCUGCCACAGGUGGAAGCCCUCGGCCUCGAUGCAGCCGAGUUUGAAGAUGAAUUCAGAAGUCUUCUCGCCACUCGAGUCGGUGUGUCUCAGAAGACUGCUGAGCAAUCUAGAGGACCGUUGUCUCAGAGGAAAAUCACAAAAGUGCCUAGACGAGAUCUGAACGAUCCUGCUCGCUAUACGGAAAACAAGCCUAGGUCGUCGACUGUCGCAAGACAGGAAGGCAACAGCCAUAAGCUUGACGAAGAAAACAGGUUUUCUAUUCGUGAUAGGGAGUACCCAGCUUUCAUCCCCACUCCAGAGCUGCGUGGGUUCGGCACGCCGACUCCUGCCCCGCUCAUGAAGCAAAGCGAGGGUAUCACGAAUGAAUACACAGAAGAACUGCCUGAGGAGACAGAUGUUCUGGCAGGGGAAACCGCUAAAUUGGGAGAAGAAGAGGAACUCGACGGUCAGCAGCUUUUCCAGUUGUGGAAGAAGGCGAACAGAAGGCAGCGAACGGUCAACAAAGAUUUCGACUUGGUGGUGGGAGGCGAUGAGCUGUUGCGGGUCCGCGCCACUACCUACAAACGCACUGGCCCAGCACCAUCGACAGGAACGGACGUCACUGUAGUACCUUUGGUGGCAGCUUCGUUUGAUGCUCCCGGGGAGAGCGCUUUGACUUUGGUUCAGGCAUUCAACGGUGAGCCAGGUGAGCUUCGGCGAAUGUUCGCUGAAGCUGUCAUCGACUCCAUCCCCGGUCGGCUGAAAUACCUGUGGAAUGUAUCCGAGUCCGAUGUACGGCUCUUUUCUAUCCAAGACAACGACAUUUCGGUAUACCUAAACACAACUAACAUCGUCCACAGGCCGGAGCCCAUGAGCACGCCCCUGUCCUUCACCCCAGGCUGCAACUUCACGCGUUCCCUGACGGAUCAAACUCAAAUCGGCACAUCUUCAACUCCGUGUGUCAGGAUCCAAUGGGACCUGCUUGAUUCGAUCGGUAGAGGAGAGAUUGGUACAACAGAACUUGUUGAAGCUGUGAAUGCCGAUUUGAUGAGUCAAACCAAUUCCCACAUUCUGGGAAGGCAAUCGGAGUUUGGCCGUCGUGCCGGCACCGUGCUAGGCAAUGUUAUCAGAGUUGCCAGAUCGGCAUACUCCAUCAGUGGCGCGCCAGUAAAGGAUCAGCCAACCGGCCCGAACGCUGGUCAGUGCUUCAAAAGGGGAGUGGACUUCUAUGGAUUCGAUGUGAAGAAGCUUGAGGCGGGAGAGAUUCAUACAGCAGGUGAAUGCGCCGAGCACUGCAAAUUCGUCGAUACGUGUUACUACUGGACUUUUAACCAGGCACGGCGCUGGUGCUAUUUGAAGAAUGCGUACGCACCCGAAGGUCUGCACAGUGAUUCUACGGCGACAAAGGACCUCAUUUCUGGGUUGAAGAACUGCAACGUGCUCCCGGACCCCUAUCCUUCUGAACCAUGCUAUCUGGUUGGUGUGGACAUCCUGACCGCGAAAACCGGUUACACCCGCGUGAUCACAUCCUCUUCGUCGGCGUUGCAAUGCCACGCUGAAUGCGUAAUGGAUCCAUAUUGUUUCUACUGGACUUACAAAUCGUAUCAACGCUUCUGCGUCCUCAAGGGCCGAGAUCUAGUGGAUGUGACCAGCGGACAGCAAGCCGCGAACCAGGGAGAAACCUCAACCACCGAUGGACUGAUCUCGGGCGCAAAACGCUGCAAAACAAACCAAGCUAUUGAUAGACAUGUUCGGCGGCUAAUGGAGGUUGACGAUUCCGAAUUAUCCCAAGAUUUAUGUUACCAGCCAGGGAUAGAAUUCAACUUAUCCAGAGAUCAUGUGGUUCGCGAGGAGACAGCUGUCUAUUCCCCGGAGCAAUGCGACCUAUUAUGCGCCGCGGAGCUAGGCUGCGUCAGCUGGACCUACAAGUUCAAAACAAAACGCUGUUUCUUGCUUGCUUCGGAUGCUCACACGGCCAAGCGUGUAGUUGGUGAAUCGCCAGACGGUCCGGCCGGUGAAGAGGAGGCGGCACUGUCUGGUCUUUUUGGUGCAAGGCACUGCAUAGGCGCUUCUUCUAGCCAGCUCGGCGAACCUCUACAAAGCAGCGAAAGCACUCCGGCAACGGGCAACGGAUUCCGAAUGGGAACGGGAGGAGGCUUCCUGGCACGAGACGAGAAAAACCGUGACAAACAUCUGCAAGGGAAAAAUCCCGGAGCCAUCCGGCAGGAUGCAGUGGCACAGAAUGGCGCUUCGCCCAAGCAAGUCAAGGAGCAGCCAACCUCAAAAGAAAAUGCCGCUGAACCCACUGCCUCUCCGCUUCGACACACCGACACUCUGUCGUCACCAGUUUCAGGAAACGACAAAGAACGGAAUAAGCAUAUGGAAAUGGCUGGACCAGACGUAACUACGAAUGACGCCCAUGUGACGAAGGGAAACAAGCAUGAUGACCAUGGAGACAGGGGAACCCGUGCCGGGAUAGGAACAAGAGACGAUGUUCGCGGUUCGCAAACGAACACCCAGCCGCCAAACACCAUCAGGGAGAAAGUCCCUCUUCAUCUGGAUGCAUACAGGACACGAGAGGACGAAACUAAAAUUGGCGGCACAACCGAUACCAAUGCUAUUGGGCAGAGUGCGCCUUGCGAGCGCGAAGGUGUGGCGCUGACAGGGGGAGACUUCUUCGCUAUUGGUGACCCAGGCGCUGAUACCGGUACAGCCCAGGGCAUAGUUAUGCAAAACUCCCAACAAUGCGCCGCCUACUGCGCCGCCAGCGUGGGAUGCACGUUCUGGACCAUGGAUAAAGAAUCUGGAUUAUGCUAUUUGAAAACGGCGGCGGCACUAUCGACCUACAAACGCGACGACACGACAAAAAACUUUGUGUCUGGAUCGGUGACUGCCGGAUCCGACUGCCUUCUAUGA